CUCAACCCGCACAUUUCAAAUUGUGGUUUAAUAUCUCAGAAACUAGUCACAUGAAUGCAUAUCUGGUUUACAUUGGAUUUAUUUUUUCCGCCUCCUCUUGUUAUCUUGGAUUCACUGAAUGUUGUAAACCCAAUGCAGAUGGACAGUUUACACAACUGGAACUAGGCAGUGCAUCGAAUGUCACUGCUGUAGUGGGCAGUGAUGUCUACUUUAUCUGUUGUGGUGGUGUUAAAUGGACUUAUGAAGCAGAGGAUGAUUACACAAGCCGAGAGAUUGGACCACAUCCAUAUGCACAGAUUGGUUCAUCAGGUAAACGACCACCAACGGAUAAGGGGCUGCUUACAAAUUCACUGGGGAGUAAUAAUAUUGUCGUCAGUGCGAUAAGUGGAAGUACAACGAAAGAUCCAAUGAAUUCACAGAAUACAAUACAAACCACAGUGUAUACAAUGCAUGAUGAUAAGGGUCGACUGAUAUUACGUAUUGAUAAUGUGGAUAUGCAAGAUAUGGGACAUUAUAAAUGUCAUGGACAGCUGUCAAGUUUAGAUGUUUAUUUGGUAGUGACAAAUAAGAAUUAUCCUGAAGAACCGCAUAAUAAAACUUUGCCGCAUAGUGGAAGUAUGCUACCGCAUUAUAUGAUGUUUUCAUCUGACCAAUUGAAUAAUGUGAAACUAAUCUGUCCAUUGGUUGGAUCACAAACAGUUAAAUCAUGGUUAUGGCGUGAACCUGUGUUGCCUAGUUCAACGGAAUACGCUCAAUUGCCACAAGGUCGACCACCGAGUCGUACAGUUACAGCUACACGACCUGGUCUUCAUGAGGGUAAACAUGUUGAAAUUGGUCCUGAUUUAUCCUGGGCACGUAUUGUUGAUCCUUUAUCACCUGAAGCACCAGUGAAAUUAUGGUGUCAAUUUGUAAUGCCAUCACCAUGGGCUGGGAAAGAUCCUAUAGUCGCCUAUUAUGAAAUCGACUGGGAACUGUAUGAACCAAUCUCUCCACAGAUUUAUAUUCUCCCUGAAGAAAAAGACACUUCUACUACUACUACUUCCACGAACUUAGAAGAUGGCAGUAAUCAAAAUUUCCCAAAACAUCCUGUAAGUCAAGAUCAUACCUAUGCAUCCAUUGCGCAUACAAUCAAUGCACAAAUUGAAGAAACAAUUCAAAAAAUGAAAUCAAAUAACAAUCAUAGAAAUAACAAUUACAACAACAAUAAUAAUAAUAAGCCAAUUCUAUUGGAGAAUAAACCAGCACGUAUUGCUUGCCGAUUUCGACCAAUCACAACAACUGGGAAACCCGCGACACCACAAUCACAUCCUAUCCCAAUACAACAAGUUUACUGGUAUCAUAAUAGAAAUCAACCAGUUCAUGUACCGCCGUUUUAUGUCGAUAAUUCGCUAGUGAAUCCUUAUGGAUUGUCUAUCCUGUCAGUUCGUGCUUAUCCAAUCACGUUUAAUAUGAAUUAUACAAAUGAAGAUAAGUCAACCGCGUCAUCAGCAGCAGUGGCAUCUUCAUAUAGAUCCUCUGAUAAAUAUAAAUUGCCUGUUGAACAUCUUACUUGUUCUGUAAUUAGUAGAGUGAAAGAAACACCAGAAUAUAAAGUGAUAUCAAAUGCAAGUUUAGAAGCCGAGAUUAUCUUAGUUCCACGUAUAAUCAAUACAGAACUGUUAUCCGCUGAAAGAAGUCUAGAGGAUGCCAUUAAACUCACAUGUACAGCAAUAGCUAAUGGACCACCAAACAUGCUAAUUGAUUUCAGUGCAUCAGAUCAGCCAUCGACAAAUGGUAAUAAUAAUAAUAAUCACAAUGGUGGUCCUGGUGGUGGUGGUGGCGGUGGUCUUACAAAAUGGGAACCUUUGAAACCAAGAUAUGGACUGAAUAUUCGACCAAGACAAGUAGAUCCAAAUAAUCCAACGAUACAUCGUCUUGUGAUCGAUAUUUCUGAUCUCAAACGUAGUGAUCAUGGUGUCUAUCGAUGUCGUGUAUGGAAUCAAGCUGGGGAAGCAGAAGCCAUUGGAAAUGUUCUAGUCCAUUCUGAACCACAAUUAGACUUAGUCCCAUUCAAUGGACAUAAUUAUUUCUUCGGGCAUAAAUCAUGGAAAGCAUCUUGUCUAGUGAAAGGUUAUCCGUUAGCAGUGAGAGCUGCUGACACUAACGGCAAUCGUAUGAAUCGUGAUGAUUCAAGUGGAGGGAUUAAUCAUAGUAGUACAAUGGUUCCAGGAAUUCAAGAUGGAACAGGUGGAGUUGGAGCAGGAGGAGGAGGAGGAGGAGGAGGAGCGGGACGUACACCAUCGGAUUUCAUCAGUCAACCAGUCAGUGAAGAGAUAUCAUCAAUUAAAAUGAAAAUUUUCAAUGUUGAAGGUGAACCGUUGGAUCGUGUUGAAGUCAAGCAAAUUGAUUAUAAGUCAGGGAAAUUUAUUGGAAUUAAUGCCACUUAUGAGGUUCAAAUGAAUCAACGUUCUGGACGUGAAGCAAUUGUACGCUGUGAAUACACGCAUACUGAUAAUCGUACAAUAUAUCGUGAAAUAUUUUUACAUGAAGCAACUAAACCAACUGCACCAAAUAUAACUGUACUAUGUACUGGUCCACGAGCCAUUGUCUUUGGUAUAACCAAUCCUAAGCUGAAAACUGAUAACCUGCCUACAGAACGUAUUGUUACGCAAAAGGUUAUAUUUGCACCUGCAAAGACAUUCCACUUAUCCUCGACUCUGGCUAGUCUAUCCGUCUACCUGGAUUCAGAAGGACAACCGUCAGCAUCACCAGCGAAUAAUAAUGACCCGCUGGAUAAAACUAUACUCACAUCGAUUAGUGCACAACCACAGACGGCGGUUAUCCCUGUGAAAGGCUUGAUUCCAGACACGGAAUAUGUAUUUGAAUGGUCCUCUGGGAAUGAGUUUGGUCUAAGCGUUAUGAUCCAGUUUACACUGUGGACAAAGAAACUUGAGACUGCGCCAACUAUCAAGAAUGUUGUCUUUCUAAGUCCAACAUCUCAAUAUCUUCGAUUUUCAACAUUUUUGGGUGAUCCAUGCCCAUAUGAAGGUGGUGCAAGACCAGAACUGUCUGAUCUACUCGUUAGAUAUCGUUAUGCUCGGUCGAAUAACACUUAUGAUCCAACACAACUGGUUGGUUAUGGAGAAUGGUCUGACGUGGAAGUAUGCAAGAAUUUAGCGUCCUCCUCAUCAACAACAACAGGAUUGAAUGGUGGGGAAAAUGAUAAUCCUUAUCGUGUCAAAAGUGAGAAUAUCGGUACUGAUGAGGAAGAGGAUGAGUACACUGGGAUUAAAUGGGCUGGUGAUAAUCCAAUCCCUUGUGAGAUACCAGUACCUGAUACUCAAGUCACUUAUGAAAUUGAAGUUGCUACAAGAAAUCGUUUUGAAAAAUCAGAAUGGUUUACAACCUUCUAUCGACCGAAUGCUGUUGUCUCUGCUGCACUGUUCUGUUAUCCAAAGUGUUCAUCAAUCCUGGGUUGUAGCCACUCUCCAAUCUUAACAAUUUCCUCAAUCCUAUUAUGCUUAUUUCUUACAAGAUUAUAAACUAUAUCGAGUAUAUAUAUAUAUAUAUAUAUAUAUAUAUAUAUAUAUAUAUAAACGUGUAUUGAAAUCUUAGCAUUUAUUCCAUUACUAUAUACAAUUUUUUUUCAAAUAUAUUUUAUUUCCAUUUUACCUGAGUAGCGUAAAUAUUAUUUGUUUGCAUUUGGCUAUAUAAACAUUGAACACAAUUUCAAAUACACACAGUCCUUCACUCUUGAUCAACACUUGUUUUACUUGAUUGUUUUAAACAUUCAUUUUUUUUGUAUUUAAACUUUGUAGCAAUAUUUAAACUACGAGUUAUGCAGACAAAGAGACACACACACACACUGAUGAGGAUGAUGAUAAUAACAGUCGGAUGAGUGAUAUUCUCUAUGGUAUUGUAUUCAUCACAGAAUAAUCACUGAUUAUCAUUUUCUCCUGUUUAUUAUUUAUUUUAAACACCUACUGUCCUUUUAACAGAAAGCGUUAAUGAUAAACAUUAAUGUGAUAUUCAAUAUUUUUUAUUGUUUGUCUCUGUCCCUUUCUGUUCAUUUCCGUUGUCCUUAUUCGAGUGUGAAAGUAGUAGUUGAAUGUACAAGAGAGGAUGUGUUUUUUCAGUUAUAAUAAUGUGACUACUUAUAAGUAGCAUAUUUUUCAAUAGUUAAAUGUUGGACUCAAAUGUCUGUUGUCUUUAUGACAAUUUCUACAAAUAUUCUCCUUUUUUAUUCCCUAAGCUGCUGAAAAACGUAAAAAUUGUUUUCAGGUGAUUAUUUUCGGGGACUCUCUUUUUUCUUAUUUAUCCCAGUUUUUUCUGUCGCCGUAUUUUCUUUGUCAAACGUCG